AUGACCGUUGGCUCGUUCACGUCGGACUGGUUUUGCCUGACCAUCUUUGGCCUGUGUGACUAUCCGGCUGUGACUCCUUACACGGUUCCUUUUCCAUCUCCUAAGACCAAUAAAACUCGCCCUGCUGUCAGCGGCGAGACCCCAAUCCAGAUAGUCCAUUUCAGUGAUGUUCACGUCGAUCUCUCCUAUGAGGUCGGGGCUAAUUAUAACUGCUCUGAUAACAUCUGUUGUCGAGCGUACACCGCUGCCCAGGGCCUAGGAAACACAUCAUAUCCCGCAGGGCCUUGGGGCAAUCACAACUGUGAUGCCCCGUUCGAUCUGGAAAAGAGUCUGUAUGCGGCUAUCCAGGAGAUUGUCCCAAAUGCCGCCUUGACCCUGUUCACUGGAGAUGUGCGCAUAUUGAAAAUGACCAAUUUAACUCUCGUUUAUGGCGUUGUCGGCAAUCACGAUAUUAACCCCAUCAACAGCUUCCCGCCAUCCGACAUCAACACGACCAUCAGUAGCCAGUACACAUAUGAUGCAUUGUCCGCUCUGUGGACGACGUGGAUUGGUUCUACCGCUGCAGCAACCGCUGCCACAAACCCAGGAGCGUACUCGGUAGUUUAUCCGGGAGGAAAUCUGCGUAUUAUCUCCUUAAAUACCAUGAUGUACUACAAAGACAACUUCUGGCUCUUUGAGGCCACUAUGGAAACAGACCCAAGCGGACAGCUGGCAUGGCUGGUUGACGAGUUUCAAGCAGCCGAGGAUGCUGGCCACACCCAUAAAGACGAGUUUCAAAUUGCUUACAGUAAAUAUACCGACCAAACUGCUGAUACAGCCGUUGGAGUGUUGUAUAUCGCUCCGGCGCUGACACCAACCAGCGGCAAUCCAGCCUUUCGAGUAUACGAUGUUGACCCGGUGACUUUUGCAGUGCUUGAUAUGACGGAGUACAUUACCAACAUGUCAACCAGCACAUACCAAACGGACGGUCCCGUAUGGGAAAAGUACUACACAGUUAAAGAGGCGUACGGUCCGCUAAUGACGCCACCGUCCACUAGCAGAACCGACCCCGGCCUUUUGGCAUAA